CAAACUAAAAAUGCCCUAGAUCCUUGAUUUAAAUUUACUGCACUUCAAAGGAAGCAGUAGCAAGUAGCAACCUCAACCCUCUGAAGAAAUGCAGUUCCUCUUCCGUUAUCACCCCAAAAACUGCCGUCUCCGCAGCCCCCACCAUCGUGGGUUCGUAGACUUUGCUGCCAUCAAACACCUACGCGACCGGGGCCUCGACCAUGCAGUACAGAGAGAAAAGCAUCUGAAGCCAAUGCUGAACAUCAAGAACCUCAUAAAAUCAGAGCCAGCGAAAUCCCUCCCUCUCUCCGUCAUUACUCAGCAAAAGGACUCCCUGGAAAUCCCAACUCGCCCUAUCGAAUUCAUCCGAAAAUACCCUUCAAUUUUCGAAGAAUUUCUCCCUGGAGGAAUAGGUGUCCAUCCACAUAUCAAGCUUAAGCAAGAGGUACUUGAUAUUGAUGCUGAAGAGCAGUUAGUUUACCAGAGUGAGAGUUAUAGGCAGGAUACUGCUGAUAGACUCUUAAAAUUGUUAAUGAUUUCGAGAAUUAAUAAAAUACCAUUGAAGAUUUUGAAUGAUAUAAAAUGGGAUUUGGGUUUACCUGAAGAUUAUCUGAAGAGUAUAGUUCCUGAGUUUCCUGACUGUUUUCGAGUUAUCGGCAAUAAGAAUUUGUCAUCUGGGUUGGAUUCAGAUUUGGAAUUGGAGCUAGUCUGUUGGAGUAAUGAAUUGGCUGUUUCAUUCAUAGAAAAUAAGGCAGCGAAAGGGAAAAUGGAUUAUAAAAAGGGGAUGCCUUUUGCUUUCCCUAUGCAUUUUUCAAAAGGUUUUGAGAUGGAUAAGCAGUUGAAGAAAUGGGUUGAUGAGUGGCAAAAGUUGCCUUAUAUUUCUCCAUAUGAGAAUGCAACACACCUUGGGCCUAGCACUGAUGAAUCUGACAAGUGGACGGUGGGUGUAAUGCACGAGAUUAUUAGCCUUUUUGUUUCGAAGAAGGUGGAGAAGCACACUUUGUUGUGUCUGGGAGAGUGGUUGGGGAUCCGGUCAAGGUUAAAGAGAGCAUUGCUUCACCAUCCAGGUAUAUUUUACUUGUCAGGUAAAUUGGGAACUUAUACCGUGGUUUUAAAGGAGGCCUACAAGAGGGGAAUGUUAAUGGAGAAGAAUCCAUUGAUAAGUAUUAGGAGUCAGUAUGUUCAUCUCAUGAACAUUGUAAUUGAAGAUCGAAAAGCAACUGAUGUGCCUGGUGGAAGUAAACAAGAGAAGAAGCCAGUCCCUGAUUCUAAGGAACAAAGAGAAAAAGAUGAUAGUCAGGGCGUCCUUGAGAUGAAUUCUGAUUUUGAGAAUGAUGAUGACUACAAAUUUGUUGAUGAGGAGGAGGAAGAAGAAGGUGAGAGUAUGUCGCAUGCUUGUAGAAACGCCCGAAGUAGUGGGUCAAGAACAAAUAAGAAGAAAAUUUUGAAUGCAAGAGGGCCUUCUAGGAAAACUGGAAGGCAAAGGCUGGUUCAGAAACACCAUGGCAUGACUGAGGGCAAAGUGCAACCAAAAGAUCCUAACAGAGAUAGGUUGACUUCCUUUAAGAGCAAGAGGAAAUUGUUGACAGAAAGGAGAACGGCUACCUAAAUGAAGACUUUGUCUGCUGAAUCCAAAAAUGGGUAGGUUGGCUUUCUAACAUGGUUUUUGUUGUCAGGAUAAUUUGCCAUUCAAUAUGACUUUACAUAUUCCAGACAUGGCAGAUUUUUGUAUUUGAGUUACUUGGUUAUAUCAAAAUUUUCAUUUCGCUUUGCAUAAACACCUAGGCUAGUAAGCUAUCAGUUUGUUUAUUCCAUAUAACUACAAAUAAACAGGUAUUUUUUCCUUGGAAAUAGUACAAUUGUACAUUGGAGACCAUGUCAAAUACACAUGAUAGCAGUAUGAAGAAAGUAAGAUGUUCAUGCUUGGUUUCCUCUUCGUGCUAAUGCUCUAGAGUAGACUUUCUUAGAUACAGGGCCCGCAAUAAUAAUGGCCAACAUAAAGGUGGAAAGAAAAAAAAAAUCUAAAUUCUUUGUUACACAAUCCUUGCAUCUCCAUGGAUAAUGGGAAUAAAAAUGGUUACUUGUGAGCAAUUUCUUACCUUGAAAUUAAGGAUUCUAUCUCAAAAUAAAAAUUGUGUUGAUAAAAAGCAGUUCUAUUGUUCUAUCUGAACUUAAAAUGUGUCACACUUAAAUUGUGCGAGGAAGGGCAGCCUCUGUCUAGUGUCUUCUCAUUUCGAAAAUUGUUCAAUUGCUUAAGGCUUGAAAAAUAGAUGAUUUGAUUUUCCAUACAUGGGUGUGAAAAAUUAUGGCUUUGAUGUAGAACAGGUGGAACAACCAAUGUAUUAAUGCUUUUAUGAUGCACAUAACUUGAGAGUAUGAUGACCUUAGGUUUUGAUGUACAUAAUAAAGGGCCUUUGGUUCAAAGGUUGAUUAAGGAUCAAAUAAAUGAUUAAAAGAAAAAAAGUGAUUAUUUGGUUGAAAUUCGAUGUUCAGCUUGCUGGAACAUCCUGAAUGCAAACAAAAAAGGCUUUCUAAGCCUGAGGCAAGAAGCAAGGCGAGGGCCUUUUUAAAGCAAAAUGCAAAUAUAAAAGCCUUCUUGAGUGAAAUGCAAAUUUAGAAUGUAUAUUAUAUAUUUUUUGAAGCAAAAAGCAAGUUUAGAAUGUGUAGUCUAGAAGAUGUUCAAACUUAGUUCAUGAAGCAAAUAUACAAAUAAAACUUAGUUCAUGCUGCAUCUCUGUGCAAAACAAAGGUAAAGCUGCAUACAUCAACCUCCCUAGAGCCCACAAGGGUGAUGCUCCGUUCAAGUCUGCCUUCCUUAAUGAUUUUUCAUUGACCACAAUCUAGCAUUUGGCUAUUCCUUUAGCUUACCAUUUGUACUGUGAUUACUUUUGAUCAAAAUAAUUGUUGUAAUGUAUGGAACAGUGUUUACAGCCCAAAAAUAAAGCCUUGUGAGGAAUGGCCUGGCCAAACUGGGAUACCACCCCUUAUUUCAUACUGUGAUUGCUUGUUAUCAGAGCAAUAAAAUGCAACAGGUUAGGGAUGAAAAUGGUGUUGGAAGAUAGAUAAGAUUUCUUAUAAAUGAAAUCCUUACUCAGAAUAAAGUACGAAAAAUACAAUUCAAAGUUAAUUUGAUUGCUAGAAUUUUUUAAUAUUAACAAUGUUAAAGUUAACAAGGACCUUUUUUCCAAGUUUUAUUAUAUAGAAUUUGAUAGAAAUAUUGUUAAGAUAUAAAUUUGUCAUCUUCUUUUAUUUUAUUUUUUCCCUUCUUAUUUCCUUCUUUUAGCGGUCUUUGCUUUAUAAUAUAUUUCCUUAUGGAAGUAGAAAGUUUAAAUGUGGUUAAGAUAGAAGUUUGCUUAUUUUUUCCCAUCCCUUUUAAUCCCAGCAGUUUCUCCCUUUUUUUUUAAUAAUUGAAGGCGGAGAAUAUUGUCUUUUAAUAAUUCUUUUUAUCCUUUAGUAAUUGAUUUGAACUUUAAAACUCUGUAACCAUAUGAAAACAGGAAAAAGCAAUUUUAAUGUUGCACUAGUGAUGGAGCUAAGGAAAGGGUCUUCAAAACUCCUCUUUCUCCUCCACUCACUAGUCACUGGCCCCCUAAUUUUGACUCUGCCACUGCAUUGUACCAAAGCUCUCCCUCCGCUUGAAAUAAGGAAGAAAAUGAUUGUUGCAUGAGCUCUAAGAACAUCUCUGAUUAUCUGAUAAGCAAAAUGAACAAAGUUGGUGCAGUCCAAAUCCUUGCAGAUUUUAACUAAAUGAUCUUUUACAAUAAUAGUUGUUGUUUAGUGGAAACUAAGCCUCAUCUUUCUUAAUAGGUAAUGUAUUUUAUUGUUGAUUGAUAUAUUGUGGCCUAUAAAUGAUUAAGCAUACCUAAUUGCCUCUUAUUUGAUUUUAGAUUAUCAGAAUGAGGAGCUCUUUCUAUUGAUUUGAUGGAAAAGUGUUUAUCUGUUAAGCAUGCAGGUCUAUGUCGGAUUAAUUGUCUUUACACAAAAAUUCAAUGACGGAGAUGGUAAAUUACAUUGAUCACAAUUACUUAUGACUAUUAAUACUUGUCGAACUCUUUGAGACACCAGAGUACAAUGGCUUACAGUUAGCAAGUCUCAAGAAUGCAUUGUUGAUUAUCUUCAAUCACAAGGUGCUGUGUUGAUAAUUUUAAAUAAUCUUUCACUAUCCUUGUCUCUUUCCAAUCUUAAGGAAAUGCACCAUGCUCUCAUGACCUACUUUGCUCUGAUUUGAAGCUGCUAUUCAAAUUCUCUUUUCUAAAAGAUUUGCCUGUUACUUUUACUUCCAUUAAACAUAUUUUGAAACAAAAAUGGAGAGUGGAUAAGUGCCAAAAUUAAGUGGGAUGGUGUGAUCUUGUCAGGCAGAUAAGAUGUUGCGGAUUAAACUGGUUGAGUGAGAGUCAUCUCAACCCUCAACGAGCGAUUGGUUUUUGAUUGAUUUUGCUCAUGAACAAUCGGAUAUAAAAUUUGCUGUUCUUAAGGUUUCAAGUCAAACAAAUGGCAGGUAAGUUGAUGUUAAUGUGGCACUGAAACCUGGAUAGAUGUUAAAGUAUGGUUUCUGGGAAGUCUUUUUUUACUGGAGAUUAGAAAAUAAAAUUAUGAUUUAUGCAUAGUAGCUUAUAUACAGUUAGAAAUGCCUAUGGGGAUUAGAAUUUGGCGAGUAGACUAUGAUUCAUGGCUUGAUAGUUUGAUAAUCUAAUAUGCUUCAUGGGUACCUGAGCAGUUGGCACUUGAAGGCUGUGGCCAAGUGGAUAUAUGAUUACCAGUUUGCAUCUAUGAUAUGCAUCUAUGAUAAUAUUUUUUAGAGGAGUGGCAAUGUUGAAAGAUAAUCUGUGCUAUGACCACUGGCUACAUAUUGGGUAUCUCUACUAAGUGACAAUUGUCAGGAAAGAUUAGUGGAAUCAUCGAUAAAGAUGAUCCGAUUUAGUGCGUUCUGAUACAGUUGAAGAUGCUGGAUUCUCACACAGUCAAGCAGGGGCAAGAAUUUCAAAACCUCUUUUUCUGUAUUCUAGAAGAUCUUUUAUCAAUGAGUAAGCUGGCCUGCAUGAAAGAGCAUCUAUUAUGAAGUAAGGAUGCUUUCUUACUUGGAGCUUGAACAUGAACUAGCACAAUUCGACAUUGAAAAUGAUAAUGUUGUUCAAGAGUUGUUUCUUCAAUGGUUGGCUUCUUAUGGACUCUUAGGUUAGCUGAAGAUACAGUUUAUAUUCCCAUUGGUAAUUUAAAGUUGUUGCUAAUGCAUCCGAUUUGGUAGCUGUUAAAUUCACCCUACAUUAAGUGAAUUUUUAUGACUAAUUGUUGUAUUUUUGGACUAAAUUUAGGGCAAUUGUUGGGUAGAGCCAUAGAGUCCUAGCAAAGAUGCUGCAUUUACCUUUCAGUGCUGUUUGUUUCAAGGUAAAAGAAAGAGAAAAUAUGUUCUUGCUUUA